AUGAGUGAUUAUAGCUCGGAUGACGACGACCGCCGAGUGGGCUCGUGGCGGAAAACAAAGGGCCGUAGAACGAAGCGACAAAGCAAUUUCCUUGAGACCGUUUUGGAUUCAUCAAUCGCGAGCAGCAUGGAAAAGUCGCUAUUCAAGGCCAUUCGAAUGUGGAUCGACAGCAACACGGGCCUAGACUUGAAGUUUCUGGUCUGGACCAUUGCUUUAUGCAUUCCCACUCACAAAUAUGGCAGUGCAACAUGCAAACGGCUGAGCUCGAAUCUCACAAAUUCUGUCGAGCUCGAUUAUCAGGAUGCGCUUGUCACUGACCUUUUGAUAUGGAUCAGCAAGCAGCCUUCCAAUCAGCUGUUUGCCUGGCUUCCUAGUUUUGAACACCUGGAAUGGAAAGAUUUGUCAAACGAGACAAAAACAGCCGAUACUGACGAGAGUAAUAGCUACCAGCUCAUCGCUUCUGUAGGCUACACUCCUUUCUUCCAUGGAGGUGUACCCUUUUUACUAUACAAACCGGACGCCAGGCACUAUGAAGAAAAGCUUAAGUUACGUCGUAUGUGGGGGAGUAGAAAGCCCAUUGAAGCCUUGCUACGAGAUGUUCGCGAAACCGCUAACGCCCAGAUGACGUUGUUAAAGAUCAUACGCGUCUCAGCUAGAUACAAUGUGUUCUUUGCUGAGGGAACAGAGGAUUACUAUUGGCAAAACGGAACACCAUAUCGGAGAGGCUACAUGUUUUAUGGGCCAGCCGGUACUGGUAAGACAAGUUUGUCUACGGCGAUUGCGAGCCACUACAAUCUCCCACUUUGUGUCAUCGAUUUAGCUGGCAUGGACGACACGAUCCUGCAAAACAAAGUCAAAAACUUGCCAUCCCGUUGUGUCAUCUUGUUUGAAGACAUUGAUGCCGCAGGUGUUGUACGUGAGCGCACAAUGGUGCCGAAUACUGACGCUAGUGACGAAGGAGAUGAAACGAUCUCGGAAUCGGAAUCUUCUGACACUUGGGACACGAAGCCUGGUAAGGACAAAGCGAAGAAGACUGAUUCAAAGAAGAUGAAUCCGUCGCUUUCUCAAUCCUCAAGGACAGAGGUCACUCUAAGUGGUCUUCUUAAUACGUUAGAUGGACCUGGAUCACGGGAAGGUCAUAUCGUCAUCUUGACAACGAACGCUCCUGAUUCUUUGGAUGAAGCCUUAUAUCGCCCUGGUCGUAUAGAUACCCAAGUGUAUCUUGGCUUCGCAGAUCAGGUCACUGCUGGUAUAACCUUCACACACAUAUUUGGCAGCGACAAACAAGUCAAAGAGUCGCAGAAGGCUUUCAGAAAUUUAGGCCGAGAAUUCGGGCGAUUGUUACCAUCUGGCUUCUUUACUCCUGCAGAGAUUCAAAAGUUCUGUGUGAACAGGCGUGGUCAGCCACAAAAGGCAGUCGACAAGUUUCCUGGAUACAUCGACGAGAAGCGAACAGGAAAGACCAAGUUCCAAUAUGAAAUCCAUCGACGUGCACCGAAACCCACGUUCCAUAAGGAAGAGGCAAUGCAUGACGAUGACAGCAGCGAUGAAGUUGAAUAUACCCCGACGGAUUUCGAGGAGUCUUUUGAAGGUGCACACACUAACUUCCCAGAAUUGUCUUGCAUAUCAUCAACAGAGACUUCUGUGAAGGGACCUGCGAAAGAGCAGCUGUUUGUCACGCAUGGAUAUGAGCAUGAUGAUGACGCUUUGGCGUACGGUGACUACUACCCGCGCAGACGAGGGGUAUGGGAAGAUCGUUUGGCUGACGAUAUUGUUGAUAUAUGUCAAGGACUUAGAGAUAUGCUCGCCUUUACAUCGGUAGAGCCAUUUCGGCACGAGAGCACAUUUUAUAAGGAACGCAGGUUACAGAGCUUCGUAGUUCCUGUACUGAGCAUGGGGAAAGGCCAGGAUAUGUCCCUGUCCGGUACUUACUGCGAGACGGAUAGUAUUGAGCCUUGGGUACUCUACAAGCCUAGCAUUCGACCAUGGAGGUUGUCGCGCGAGCACCACAAUCUACGACCAAAUGAUAUCGAAGAGAUGUACUUGUCGAAUCUCGACUCUUGUACGGCCGUACGGCCGUCGCUUCCUCGAACCCGCCCAGGUGCAACAUCUCUCGAUGAGUCCCGGUCAACUUUGCCGUCUCCGACAGAACCCACAGAAGCAUCUUCAUACUACGCGCCUUUGUCCGUUGGCGAACAGAUUGAGAAGACUUUUCAGCACCACCGCGGGCCCAGUCACCCAGACGUCGCUGGCCGCCGCAAUGUCUAUCCUUAUCACGGGCCUUUACCACGCCCCGCUAAGGAAGAUUCUUGGAUAGAUGAGGCAUCGCCCAAGUCUGCUACAGUUUUGCUUCGCAAUGUAGACCCGCAGCCACUGGGAGAUUUCGAGCAGCUCAGGCUGGCAGAAGGCAACCUUCAUGCUGUCGACUAG